AGAAGCCAGAGACUGACCUUCCUGCAAAUGAAAAGAUUAUGCGGGGACAGGAUCAACAAAAAAGCAGAACAAGAGGCUUGCAGGCUGACUGAAAACCCUCUGCUCAACUCAGGAAGAAGCAUCACUUGCUCCAAAGGUGAUCCUGCCCACGGAUAUAGUAGCACACCCUGGAAAGCAAGUGCACGCAGACAUUGGACCAAAUAUCUUAUCUACAGAGAAGAGAACAAAAAAACAUCAGCAGGGAGUGUUUCGAUUCUGGGUAAUCUUCAGGAACACAUACAUGAAGUAAACACUGUGCCAAUGGAAAGACCACUUGAUGCUACCACAAUGGAAAACAGCACCUCUUCCUGUUUUGUCAUGGAAAGAAAGACUCAUGUCAAGAUUAAUAGGAAAGAAGUCAUGCUAACUAAGCUAAGGAAGAGCUGCUCCUGCACCCCAAAGAAGCUGAAGAACUUUGUCAUGGACUUCCUUCCUGUUUUACGAUGGCUUCCCAAGUACCAGUGCAAAGAGUACAUCUGGGGGGAUGUUAUGUCUGGGUUAGUGAUUGGGAUCAUUCUGGUACCCCAAGCAAUCGCAUACUCACUGCUGGCAGGUCUCAAGCCCAUUUAUAGUCUUUACACAUCAUUCUUUGCCAACAUCAUCUAUUUCUUAAUGGGUACAUCCCGUCACGUGUCAGUUGGCAUUUUCAGCUUGAUAAGCUUAAUGGUAGGUCAAGUUGUGGACCGAGAACUUCUCUUGGCUGGAUUUGACUUGAAUGAUGAUUUCCCACCAGCCACGGGUGAUGGCUCUCUGCAGAAUGACAGUCAGUUCAACACAACUGCCUUCAACCUUACAAUCGCGGGGAUGAAUGCUGAGUGUGGGAAAGAAUGCUACGCUAUCGGCAUUGCUACAGCCUUGACAUUUGUGGCUGGAGUGUAUCAGGUUCUAAUGGGAAUCUUUCGUCUGGGUUUCGUAUCAAUGUACCUAUCUGAGUCUGUACUAGAUGGCUUUGCAACUGGUGCUUCCUUAACCAUUUUAACAGCUCAAGUGAAGUAUCUGAUUGGAAUAAAAAUCCCACGUAGCCAAGGGCAUGGGAUGCUUGUUAUUACCUGGAUUAACAUUUUCCGGAACAUUUCUCAGGCUAAUCUAUGUGAUGUCAUCACAAGUGCCAUUUGUAUUGUGGUGCUGGUCACUGCUAAGGAACUGGGAGAUCGGUAUAAGCAUAAGCUGAAAUUUCCUCUUCCCACAGAGCUGGUAGUUAUUGUUGUGGCAACACUGGUGUCACACUAUGGGAAGUUAAAUGAAGUGUAUGCCUCCAGUGUUUCUGGAGCUAUUCCAACAGGAUUUAUUCCCCCCAAGGUACCACAUUUCAACUUAAUGCUCCGAGUGGCUGUAGAUGCUUUACCUCUUGCCAUAGUAAGCUUUGUCUUCACUGUAUCCCUUUCUGAAAUGUGUGCAAAGAAAUAUGCUUACACAAUCCGAGCCAAUCAGGAAAUGUUUGCUGUGGGCUUCUGCAACAUCAUUCCUUCUUUCUUCCACUCUUUUGCAACCAGUGCAGCUCUGGCAAAAACACUUGUCAAAACAUCUACAGGCUGCCAGACUCAAGUGUCUGGAGUAAUUAGUGCAAUGGUAGUUUUGCUGGUGCUGCUCUUCUUGGCACCUCUCUUCUACUCCUUGCAGAAGUGUGUCCUGGCUUGUAUAAUCAUUGUCAGCCUUCGAGGAGCCCUGAGGAAGUUCCGAGAUGUGCCAGCACGGUACCAUGUGAAUAAGGUGGACACACUUGUUUGGGUCAUUACCAUGUUCGCCUCUGCCUUGAUCAGCACAGAAGUAGGGCUGUUGGUUGGCAUUGUUUUCUCCAUGUUAUGCAUCAUUGUUCGGACACAGCGGCCACGGACAGCCCUGCUUGGUCAGAUCCAAGACACCAGUUUUUAUGAGGAUGACUCAGAAUAUGAAAAUCUCUCUUCUAUUCCAAAGGUCAAAAUAUUCCGUUUUGAGGCACCACUUUACUAUGCAAAUAGAAACUAUUUCCUCAAGUCUCUAUACAGAUUGACUAACUUAGAUCCUAACCUCGAAGUUGCUAGAAGGAAGAAAUACAAGAAAAAGGGAAAGCAGCAUAUGAAAAAGGAAGAUCACACAAUUGCUAAUGGACUGGGCAUUGGAGAAACCACUCUGCAACUAGUUCCUAAACAAAUUGAUUUCCAAGCCCUUGUUGUAGAUUGCUCGUCCAUCUCAUUUUUGGAUACCACUGGAGUUAAUACUCUAAAGGAAAUCCUGAAAGACUAUAAAGACUUAAAUAUUUCUGUCCUCUUGGCUUGCUGCAAUCCCUCAGUGAUAGACUCUCUGAAAAGCGGAGGUUACUUUGGGAAAGAUUUUGGAAGUAUGCAGGAAAUGCUGUUCUACAGUAUACACAAUGCUGUGCAGUUUGCAAAAGACCAGAAGCUGCAAGCAGAUUGUCCAGUUUAAUCCUGUCUUUUCCUUGACAGUUCACUACAAAAGUGACAGAGAAAGAGGGGCAGUUUGCAAUAAUUAAAUUAUCAGACAUACCAUUGGCCUUUCUCCCAUGAAGAGAUCUGCUGUUUGUCAGAUGCCACACAGAACAGCCACUGGGAAUGCAGUCCAGGACCAGGAUGGAACAUGUUGGAUUACUACCUGCACUUUUAUUUCAAAAUGCAGGUGAUGUGCAAUAGGCAGCUUGGGAUUAACUUCCCCCUCUGCCAUGAUCAUGUGUGACCCAACAUAUACAUCAUAGAAGGUCUGCUGAAUACCAGCUGACUCUCCUAGUGGUUUAAUGGCUGGUUGGUGCUAAGAGGAAUAAACCAUCUCCAUAAAAAUGCAAUGGAUCUACAAUACUGGGAACAUAAUGAUUUAAUUCUGGCUUGCAAGGCCCUGCCCCUUCCAUAAUUCUAUGUGUGCUCCAAAACAACUCCCACAGUUUGCAUAUAAGUAAAAUGUAUAAAAUAUUGUGGAAUGUGGAAUGUCUCUUCACCUUGAUUACAAAGGCUUAAUGAUAGAAACUGCCACAGG